UUCACCCUCUAGUUUAUUCGCCUUAGCAAUGACGAAAGAUGUGGAUGGACGAGCGGCGCUCGAUGUGCGGAUGAAUUUCGGCUAGAGUCUUUCAUUUAACUCGAUGGGUGCUACAUUCGCGCACGAUUUACAGCAUUGCCAUGUGACAUGAAGACAGGAACGGCGAAUGCGUCGAGCACGAUGCUGGAAGACGUCGCGGUAAUACGUGACUCCAAAGUGCCGUCCACGCUGCCAUCUUGAGUCAGCUGUCAAGCAGACGAUACGCAGCAUCUAUUGCACCACCUGGUCUUCGAGGGGACAUGGAAAUAUCUGAAAGCGACAUACAAGGAAGAAAUCAACCAGCGGGCUUGAUCUCCGUUUACGUUAAGCAGGAAAACGACGAGUCUGAGACGGAUCUCAAUGAGGUCGAGAUAAUCACAGCGGCGCAGCAUUUUUGUGCCAUCGAGAUUAAAGAGAGCAAAGACUGUAAAGUGAUCAGUCGGAAAGCGAUCGAUAAGGACUGCGCGCAGAGCGACACAAAUGUUUCCAACACCGCGGAUACUGCCGUAGGCAAUGCACAACACGCCGAGGGCGACGACGGCAUCGCUAGUAACGUGCUGGCGAAUCCAAUUUACUUGGAUGCUCUAGAUCCCGAUUCCAUAAACAUCGAAUUCCAGAAGCAGCAGCCAAACACGGCGACGGAAGUGUUCGUCAGGAACGGUGAACAGGUACCGACGAACAAUUAUAAUAUAUCCGCGGUGACGAUAUCGAACGAGUUCCUGAACGGGAUCAACAUCAACAUAAAGAAGGAGGAUAAUCACGGUGACGAUCACGGCACGUUGUAUACCACGGAAUGGUUGUGCGACGGCAGCAAUGAUGCCGGCAUACAAUUGAGAGUAUUAAAAGACGCGAAGCAGAACAUACAGAUUCCCAUUCGUGUCGACACCGGUGCGAUCGCGGUAGCGAAGCGACGUAAGGGUCAAUUACUAGAGGGCGAGGAUACUUUGGAGCAGGAGAAGGCCAAGAUAUCCAGGAGAUCGAAGAAGCACAUCAGGCUAAAGUCCACCGUGCACCAAGACUACCGAGAAAGGCUGAGGAGAAAGGCUGAGUGCAUGAGAGAGAAACGGAAGAAGCUGUAUGAGCAAGAGAGCGAGGAGCAACGCUUGGAGAGGCUGGCGAAGGAGGCGGCGAAGAGACGGGAGAUGAGAAUGUACUACGAAACGCCGGAGCAACGGAGGAAGAGACUCGACGCCGAGGCGGCGCGAAAGAGGGAGUACAGAAUGUACAACGAGACGCCGGAAGACCGAAGGAAGAGACUGGACCGCGAGGCCGAGAGGAGGAGAGUCAAGAGGCUGUCGAUGUACGCGAGUGAGACUCCGGAACAGAGGAGGGAGAGAUUGAACAAAGAAUCGGCAAAGCGAAGGGAAGCCCGACUGAAUCAGUACUCUAAAGAGACGGAGGAGGAGAGGAGGCAGAGAUUGCGAAGGGACGCCCUGCGGGCCAGGCAAAUGAGAUUCACGCGAUCCACUGUCGAGACGGAAGAGGAGCGUAGGCAAAGGUUAGUAAAGGACGCCCUUAGAAAGAGGGAGGUAAGGAUGCAUGGGAGCCAUACGGCGAACAAUAAUUUCACGGAACUCCGAACCGUUCGCAAUUUUCAAGAAUUGAACGAUGUGCAGAUGAGGGACAAUUCGGAAAAUCAGUUGGACAGCCACUACCUGAGCAACUGGAUGAUGUGGUUCCAGAACACAUUGACACAACCGGUGCACAAUGGAGAACAAAUCGCGGAGUCGCAAGCGCAGCAUAACAGAUAACUUGCCGCAUUCUCCUACGCUACGAAUGUGUUUCCACGAGUUUUUUUAUGUACAGCGAUGUAUGUAGCGACAAGUCUGAAUGUACUUUACAUACUUUACGUAUGUUUUCUAUACAGUUUUUGAACGCGAAGCGAUCGUAACGACAGAAUUACCACUAUACCACUAUGCCAGUGUAAUUACUUGUAAAGGACUUAUGGUAGCAAGAUAAAUUAUGAUUAGAAUCACUUUAUAACGCUAGGGUGCAAAUAAUUACGUCAUUUUAUCGCUAUUAAAGACAAUUGCUUUAAUUUAUUUCAGUGCAUUAAAUUUUGUAAUAUUUUACAAUAAAACAUCUUGAUGAUAGACAAUUCAGAAAAAAAGAACAAAUGAAAGUGGUUUUUCAGUCUUUGUCGAAAACAAUGCUGGAUGUAGUAACGAUUAUUAAAGCUGUUCUGGUCGUAAAAAAAUAUGAGGUAGGUUUUCACGAACUAACAUGUAAUAUACGAUAUUCGAUAUUAAGUGUGGAAUAAACUUCGUCAAUGCAUUGACGCGAUGAAGCGAAUGGAAGUGAUAUAUUAACGGAAACAAGAGAAGCAAUUCUUGCCAGUGCCUUUUAUUCAAUGUUCAAUAAAAUAAGUAUCCAGACUGAAUUCAUUAAUAUAUGGCACUUGAACAUAUGAGUGAAUGAUUCUGGUGAAAGUUUGACUGUCUCUUGUGCUAUUUGUACAGUUACUAUGUACUUCUUUUUACUCUACAGUUCCUUUAUAAUAAAUAAAAUUACAUUGUGUUAUUAUAUGUAUUGUCUAUUUCCUACAAAUGGCAAUUGAAGAUUGAAAAUUCGCGAUAGCAAGCGUUUUCAAAAGAUUCUGCAUUUAAAUAAUCAUAAGUGUUUCUCAUUUGUAAUGAAAUAUGUAUUACGUAUGUAUAAUUACACGCGCAUGCAAGAAUUAAAUAUUGCAGACUAGUAUCUCUGGGACUUGACGACAUGAAAUUUUUGUUUUCCUACGAAUAUUUGUUAUAGAAAUUUUAUGUAAUGCAAUUAGUUUUUUUUCUAGGUGGAGUCAUUCUAAAAUCAUUCUAAAAGCAUCUUCAUUUUUUUAAUCGACAAUGCGUAUAAGUAUAAUAAAUUUCCAAUAUGUAUAGCCAGCAUCAUAUCAAGAUUAUAAUGAAAAACCAUGUCAAAUAUCAAAACAUUUUGUAAUAAAUCCUUGAAAUUGUGCCAUUCACGUAUUAAUAAUGUAUCUGUUCAAUGGAAAAAUAAACGUUGCAUUGCAGAUAA